UACUUCGGGAAUUUUCUUGCAGCUUCGUCAGCAUCAGAAGACAGAAGUAGACUCAUCCCGUCAUCCGCCUGUAUUAGUUGCCGGCUCUGCUUGCCCCAGGCUCCAUCUCAAUUUUUAAGCAGCAGUACAUUCACUGUGAUCUAUAUGCGUGGCCCUUUGCUCUUGGCUACUAACAAGAAACUGAAGCAAAUCUUGAAGGUUAAAGGAUCAGGAUCAUGCGGUGUGAUGGCGACUUUGCCUCCUAAGAAACAGGCGAACAAUGAAUUUAGCGAAGAGAAAACUAUUACAAAAGAGAACACUGAUCCUCUUGUAGCCUUCAGCAGACCCCCACCGUUUCCCCCAGAUCUUGGACCAUUAGUCGCUCUCACACUGUUAGGGACGUGGUUCAACGGUGACAACGAUCGUAAAUCUUGAUCACAAUUCACAGGUGGUAUGACAAACUAAUUUCUUGACAAUCAAUACUCGCUCAUCACGAACUGUCUUUUAUGCUGUGUUAC